UGAAAAACGAGAAAACCUAAUUAUUAUCUAGACUAUUGAUACUCUUUUUUUUGAGCAAUGACUAUUGAUACUCUCCUCUUCAGAUCUCCUUUUGAUUUUGGAAUCCCCUUCUUCUUCAUCUUCUCAAUCUCUCUCCUUCUUCAUCAUACCCUUCAGUAAUCAUCUCCAUCACUGCCGUUAAUCUAAACCUCGACCCCAACAAUUCUCUACUUACCCUCUCCAAUCAUCUCCAUUGACACCGUGGUCUCUCGACAUGGAAGAUCCGGAGAUCCCAGAAUACAAACGUCUCUCACCAUCUUGAACAAGGCGGUGAUAGUUAUGAACGGUGGUGCUCAGUCAAAUGGAAGAGGUAUUGGACACCGUGGUGGAGAUGGCGGUGGAUGCUAUAGUGGAGGCGGUGGUGGUUAUGGAGGUAGCGGUGGUGGAAGGUGGUAAUGGAGGUGGAGGAGAUCGUGGAGGCAGUGGUGGAUACCAUAGUGGAGGUGUUGGUGGUUAUGGAGGUGCAUGUAGUGGAUACAAAGUUAAUAAUGGAGGUGGAGGAGAUAGCGGAGGCGGUGGGGGUUAUGGAGGUGACAGUGGAUCUUUUGGAAAUGUGUGUGUGGAUAUUGUUGAUGUGGUCGGAAGAGUUGUGGAUAAUGGAGGUGGAGGAGAUAGUGGAGGUGGUGGUAUGCAUGGAGGUGACGAUGGCUCUCUUGGUCAAUGUGUGUGUGGAUGUUGUUUAUGUGGUCGGAAGAGUUGUGGAUGAGGCUCUUGUGGUCAGACUUGUGUUGAUAUCAUCAUAAGAGUUGCAGACGGUUUCUCGAAGGUGGAUACAAAAGUGGUAAUAGAAGUGUAGGUGAUAGUGGAGGUGGUGAUCAAAACAAAAGUGGUAACGGAGAUGGAGGAGGAAAUAGUUAUGGACAAGAAGAAUUGUGUUAACGUUUUCAUAAAGAAGAUAUGCUAUUGGAUGUUUGAAUUUCAAAAUUUUGUACAAACAAGUGCAAGCUUUAGUAUGCAAUGUCUGGGAACUUUGUUAGAACAUGAACCUUGACCA